AUGGGCGUACACGACCGCAGUAUUAGUAGUGUCGAUUUUCCCGAAUCUGUAACGAUUCUCCAAUCAACACCUAUACCUGUACCUGUACCUCGCUCUCGCUCUGAUCGUCGACCAGCAUUCACACUAGGCCUUCCAUGGCGACCUCAGUCUGAGUACUCUGUCACCUCGGCUACGGCUUCUUCUUCAGCUGGACUUCGUACAGGCUUAACAAAGGCACAGAGAAGAUUUAUCAAAUCUUUUCCAGAACUUGCGGAUCUAGUGGUGGUCCCUUCUGCCUAUUGUGCACCUUGUCUAGCAGCCCCUUCACAGACAUCACCACCUUCUUCUUCCUUUGCCACUGCAAUUUCGACACCCUCAGACUAUUCUUCCACAGUCUCACCAUCUACCUUGGCUCUGUCAUCUUGUCCACGUCAUUUUGAUGAUUUUGCUUGUGCAUUAGAACGCGAGAUUCUAUGGCAAGGAACGUUAUAUGUGACAGCGACACAUGUGUGCUUCUAUGGUAAACAUUUUGGAAGGACCGUUCGCGUCAUGGUCGACUAUCGUGACCUGAUCUCUGUUGAUAAGGAAAAGAAGAUGGGAGUCUUCCCUAGUUCCAUUCGAAUCCGUGUCAGGACUCCUCUUACAGCCACCGCGUCAUUGUCCACAACAGAAGUACCGACAUUUUCUCAGGAUCCUAUGACUAAUACAGAGGGAGAUUCGUCCAUUAAGGAUUAUGUGUUCACGAGUCUCAUGAGCCGUGAGCAAGCUUAUGCCAUUAUGGAACGUAAUUGGGCUAUCCAUCGUCAAGUUAUACAAACCCUCAGUAGCACAGAAUAUGAAUCAUCGCAGAUGGUGGAGGAGACGACAACAGUACUGGAGAAAGAUACGACUGAUACUGGUACUGGUAUGUUUGAAUCGAAAAAAGAACAUGGUCUCAUCGCCAUUGAAAGAAAGCUUUUCGUUUUCAUUAUCAUCAUCAUUAUCGUCAUCUGA